CGUCCCGUCGACCAUCCUGACCACGCGGCCGCUCUCACCAACCUCACGCAUGUCCACCUUCAAGGCUAUAUCCAAAACCAUCUUCAAGACAUUGAUACCACCGCGACCCUCUUCUGCGAGGCCCUUGCAUUGCGUCCACAAGGUCACCCCGAUCGCACAUCAUCCAUCUAUCAUCUCAUUAUAGCAUUGAACUGGCGCUACCGCCAGGAUCUUCCGAUCAAUGCAUCUGAUGAAGGCAUCCACCUUCAACGAAACGCGCCCGAGCUCUGUCCUGUGGGCCAACUACUCCGUCCAAAAGCACUUGGCAAGCUGGCAUACGCUCUCAGAUCACGCUCUACCCAACGCGGCAACAUUGAUGAUAUAGACGAGAGCAUUCAAAUUCACCUUCGUCGUGAAGCCAUUUUUCUGCGCUCCAAGGGGCAUUCUGUCCAUGAUGACUACUUGAACCAUUUGGCCCUCUCACUCACGUCCCGCCUCAAUCACCAAGGCAAACCUAAUGACCUCAAUGAGGUCAUCUCUUGGCAUAUGGCAAAUAGCAUGUCAGGGAGGAUCUUAACGAGGCCGUACGACCAUUUGGAGCGCCAUUUAAUUCUUUCUAAUUUGAGCUCGGCGCUCUGCUCUCGUUUCACGCAAACUCAGGAGAAUGAAGAUGCCGAGGAAGCCAUUACUCUCUGCUAA